GCAGCAGCAGCAACAGCAGUAGCGGCAACAGCAGCAGCGGCAACAGCAACAGCAGCAGCAGCUAACGUUCAGUGCCAUGAGCAUGAGCGAGGAGAGUAACCCGCGUACGUUGUACGUGGGCAAUCUCGACGUAUCCGUAUCUGAGGAUUUGCUAUGUGCCCUCUUCACCCAGAUCGGCCAUGUCAAAGGUUGCAAGAUAAUUCGCGAAGCUGGCAACGAUCCUUAUGCUUUCGUAGAGUUCACGAAUCACCAGUGUGCGGCUACGGCCCUCGCCGCCAUGAAUAAGCGCGUCUUUCUUCAAAAGGAAAUGAAGGUUAACUGGGCCACGAGUCCGGGUAAUCAACCCAAGCUUGACACCAGCAAUCAUCAUCAUAUAUUCGUCGGUGAUCUGUCGCCUGAGAUUGAGACACAGACGCUGCGUGAGGCCUUUACACCCUUCGGGGAGAUCAGCAAUUGCAGAAUUGUUCGCGAUCCUCAGACGCUUAAGAGCAAAGGUUAUGCUUUCGUAUCGUUCGUGAAGAAGAGCGACGCCGAGGCGGCAAUAGCUGCAAUGAAUGGUCAGUGGCUAGGCUCGCGCAGCAUCAGGACAAACUGGUCGACAAGGAAGCCGCCGCCACCAAGGUCUGAGAGGCCUAGGCACGCAGCCAACAGCAAACCCAACUACGAGGAGGUUUAUAACCAAAGCAGUCCAACCAAUUGUACCGUCUAUUGUGGAGGGUUUACAAAUGGGAUUACAGAAGAAUUGAUAUUUAAGACAUUUGCACCUUUCGGUUCUAUAUCUGAAACUAGAAUAUUUAAGGAUAAGGGUUAUGCUUUUAUUAAAUUUACUACAAAGGAGUCUGCAACACAUGCUAUAGAGAGAACGCAUAAUACAGAAAUAAAUGGUAGCAUUGUUAAAUGUUUUUGGGGAAAGGAAAAUGGUGAUCCAAAUAGUGUAGGACCCAAUGCAAAUCAACAGGCUCAGCAGGUUACAGCAGGAGCAGGUCAGUAUGCAUAUGGAUAUGGGCAGCAAAUGAGCUACUGGUAUCCUCAGGGUUAUCCACAAAUGCAGGGUCAAUUCCUUCAGCCUGCCCAGUACUAUGGCCAAUAUUAUGGCCAGCAACAGGCUCAAUAUAUGAACAGCAUGCGGAUGCCUGCACCAGCGGCAGGUACAUGGCAACCUGGACAGGGAGGUACAGCACCACCGGCACCGGCUGCACCCUUACCGCCGGGACAACAACCAAUGGUAACUUAUACCAUGCCGCCGCAGUAUCCCACGCAAUGAAACGGAUUGGCAGAAAAUUUAUAAAAAUAAAAAAACAACAACAAAAAAAUGACAGCUGAAAGUUCUGUACACAACACUUGACAUAGGACUUCCUCGAAAAUAGACUGAUAUAUACCGGUCAUCUUCUAUUAUACGUCUAUUUCCAUUACACACUCACACAUACGCACAUUCAUAUAUGCGCAUAUACACGCACCCACACAUAUACGCGCGUUUAGAAACAACAAUACUUGUACAUUAUUCGACAGUUAAGGCAUUCAUAUAAACUCAAAUGAAUGAUUUGUUGAAUUAGUAUACAGUUAAUACACUUUCCUAGAUAUGCAUUAAAGAAGAGUUAAAAAAAAAACAAUUGUUUUUGUUUUUCUUAUAUAUAGUGGAUAGGAUUGUAGAAGAUAGAUAAAACUUUUGCAUUGUUUUGAAACAGAAAAGUUGGUGAAAAUAAAAAAAAGACGGUAUAUAUUUAAAUCUAUCUUCGAGGCUCCUGUAGAGCCCUGCAUUCGUUGUGUAACGUAUACUAGCAUGUAUGCGUAUGAUAUGACCACUGUGAUUGUUGUAUUUUUAAAUAUCUUCUUUCUUUGUUCUCUACCUCCUUUCUAUUCUUAAUCUUCAUGCCUUUUUCAAAUA